AACCUUUGCUCCGAAUCCGAACGGGAUAAUUUGAGACAUAGCCGGCCCGGCACCUAAACCCACGCUGAAAGAUGCGCAUUGCGCACCCUUUUCCACCGCCUAACUAACCCUAGUUAAGGGAACCCCCGGCUCUAUAUAAUCAUACCAGACCCACGCUCUCUCUGCUCAUUCUCACCCAAAUCGGCCUCUUCUCUGACAAAUUCAGUUAGGUUUUUCUUUUUGGGUAUAUAACAAUGGCUUCCGCCGAUCUUGAGUACCGGUGCUUCGUUGGUGGCCUGGCCUGGGCUACCACCGACGAGGCACUCCAAGAAGCCUUCAGUCACUUUGGCGAGAUCGUCGAAUCGAAGGUCCGUUUGCUGUCAUCGGAUCUGACCUCCACUCGGCUAUGUCGAUCCAGGAUCUCUGAUCUACCUAGCUAUCCCCCGAUCUGUUUCUGUUACUAGCUACUAUUGAUCUCUGUGUUACUCUGUUACUCAUGUUACUAGCUACUACGUUUUUCUCUGUUACUGAUCUCUCUAAACCAAUCGGUCAUCAACGAUCGGGAGACAGGAAGGUCUCGAGGAUUCGGAUUCGUGACCUUCAGGGACCAGCAGGCGAUGAAGGACGCGAUUGAAGGGAUGAACGGCCAGAAUCUCGACGGCCGUAACAUCACCGUCAACGAGGCUCAAGACGGCGGCGGAGGCGGCGGAGGUGGAUACAAUCGUGGAUAUGGAAACGGCGGUGGUGGUUAUGGCGGCGGCGGUGGUGGUUACGGAGGCGGUGGAUAUGGUGGUGGCCGGGACCGUGGUUAUGGCGGCGGUGGUUACGGAGGCGGCGGCGAUGGCGGUUCCCGCUACUCUUCCAGGGGCGGUGGUGCCUCCGACGGAAACUGGAGGAGUUAG